CACCAUCGUGACUCUUCUGCUUCUGGUCUCGUCUUUGAUCAUGUUUCCUCAUCCAACACCUCCGACUACGCAACACCUUGUGGAGGUCCAUCUCAACGCGUCUCAUUUGAAACAGCUGCUGUGGUGCCAACAGCCACACCGGAAAUGUCUGCCAAUAAUUCUAUUCAACUGAAUGCUACCUCUCCUCUUUAUGAAGAACCUGUCAGCUUCAUUCAGCGUCUUUCUUCAGUUACGUCUAGUCAGGAUGAACCCAUUCCUGGUUACAGUCCUGAACACAGACAACUCAGUCAUCCACAGUUGGGGACUCAAAACCGACACUCUCUUUCCUCUCAACAUGAAUCCCUGGUCUCUUCCACAUCUCUAUCCAAUCACCUUCAACAAUCAACACCUUCGGUGAAUGAAGGAUCGCCUAUUGCUCCCACUUAUCCAACUGUUAUUGAGACCCCAGUUCCUGAUACCACUGAUCUUGGGACGCUUUUGCUUCCCAAGAAAUCAUCAACCUCCUCCCGCCGCGGGGUAGCCCCUCUAUACACUAUAUCCGGUGCCCUUUACCAUCGCUACAAGCCGAAUAAAUGGACUCGCUUGGGUUACUGUGUACUCACUCCCGAUGCCCACCUUCUCGGAUUCCGCUCUUCAGCCAACCAGUCCGCCUCUCCAGCAGUUAGCCUCUUUGUUGCUGCUGCUUCCACUGUAGCUGUCUAUGCAGGGCGGGAGUCUGGAAUGCAACAUGUCUUUAAGGUGACUCAUUCAGCGGGGCUUGUAGGACCGAAUAGUGGGGACUCUGAAUUACUUGCAGUAUCUACCCAUGGUGGAAGAGCUUUGGUAUUUGCGACAGACUGUGAGGAAGAGGCCCUGGCAUGGAUUGAUCAAAUAAACCAAUACGCCCAAGGUGUCACUCCUAGUCGAGUGGAAUCCUUCACCAACCAUUUUUGUCGCCGUCAGUCCACCUCUACCCACCGUCAACACCGUCGUCGACCAAGCGACAUUGGUGCUGACGUCCUCUCAUUGAAUGACUUCCCUCGAGUCGCUUCCACUGUCUCUGUGGUUCCCUCUCCUCGGCGAAAGAGUGUUGUGGUUCUAGCUGGCUCUAGAAUGGAGACGAAAUCAUCCAGACCCCAUAGUUUAUUCCUUCCGCAUGCUUAUACUUCACCGAAUUCGAUGGAGAAUCAGCAAAAAGCACCAACACUUCCUCUUCUACCUUCGAAUAGUUUCGAUCAUAGUCAGGAAGACAGUGGAUUCUCGGGUUUAAUCUCCUCCAGUAGUUCUGCUACAGACGGAACCACUGGUGAACCCGUCACGGAGCAACGAAUUCCUCUUACUAUCGGUCCGAAUUCUAACAUCCUUCGGCAUCAGCGUUACAGUGUCGCAUCAACAGCCUCCCCCUCCAUUUCUGCCUACGACCUCCUUCAAUCUCGCGCUUCAGGGCUUCUCUCUUCUGUCAGACGUAAAGUUGCCGACUCCCUCAACCUUCCAAAACGAAGAUCCCUUAUUCUUCCCCCUCGAACUGAAGAUUUACUGAAUGCUAAUCAAUCGCCUUCUUCUCCUCAAAUUCCUCGUCAAGGAGGUAGCGAUGGUGGUCUGGUGGGCUGGACACAAAUGGAUACUGUACUUGCUAAUGAUUCUGGAAGUUAUCUCUCUGCAGAUUGUUCGGUCGCUUCUCCAAGAACAAGGUCGUGGAGAAGUAUUCGUGGAAAACAACAGCAAGUAAAGUUGGUUGCUGCUUCUUCUAGAAAGUCUUCUGAUCCACCUCCGAUAGAUGACUCUGUAUUGGCUGGCGAUAUCUUCAUCUCUAUUCCUGGUCGCCUCUCGUGGACCCGGCGAUAUUGCGCUCUUCGUUGUUCCAAUCUCGAGAUAUACGCCUCCACCCUCGCUUCCACACCUUCCUCAAAUAGUGAUCCCAAUGCCCCCUCAUGCCAGCCGCUCCUUGUCCUGUGCCUCCCUCUUCAGCCUGGUGUUGUUGAAGUCUCUCCCGCAGCUGACAAGCGUCACCCCUCUGCUGUGCGUCUAUCUGCUCCCGCUCUCUCUCCACAUCCGCUAUUGCUGGAUGCUGGAGACACAAUUAUCAUGGGUCGGUGGAUUCGGGGAAUUAUUGAAGCUCUCGGACACAUAAGAUCAGGCCAGGUUCCUUCCACUUCAAAUCGGCAUUCUGAAAUUAUCACCCCGCCCUCUCCGGAACCGAUCUACGAUGAAGUAGCUUCUGUAACAAACUCCUCGAAUCUCUCUAAGCGUUGGACAUGGACGUCUUCCUCCGUCUAUCGACCAGUUGUCAUGGAGAUGACCCCCUUACCAACACUGCCCUCAGCAGGACCUAGUAGUCCUACAGGAAGUUCACAUAACGGUGGGGGAACUACUGCUUGUGGGGCUGGUGGGAUUUAUUCUAGUAUUUACUAUGAUUCUGUUGUCCCGGUGGAGGAAGAUGAUUGUGAAGUGCAAGAGGAGGAGGAUAUUGAUAAUGAUGCUAGUGAAAUUCGACUGCAUUCGUCCUCUCUUCAUUCUCGGACUUCACAUGACAUGCUGUCAAGGUCCUUCUCAAGUCUCCAAGUCGCUUCUUCUUCUGAUGAUUCAACGGGUUAUUCCAACUCCCUUCUAAGAAACCGAGAGGAUCUUAGUUGUGGUCUGAGGCUUCGCAGUUAUAAAAGUCUUGAUUGGAAUUUUUCUGCGAGUUUUUCACAGGAAACUGAACUACCAGCAACUCCACAGUGUAUAUCCGAUGAUAAAGUCACUUCAUUUCUGGAGAUGAAUUCCGUUGCUUCUGCCACUCCAGAAGUGUCCGUUGCACGUAGCUAUUCAUAUGCCGCCCAGACAAAUAAUCAGGAGAAAAUUGAGGAAGGAGAUUUGCCGACUCCCCGAGGAAUAACGAUUCCUCUUGGACGUGUUGGAGCUUCGCCGCAUGAUCCACCACCCAUUGAUGAAGUGAAACAAAAUAAAGUGGAAACCUUCAACGCGAGUGAUUUUGCUGAUGGUAUUGAGGAAGCAUUGAAUGCUAUUGUAAGUUUUUUAUUUGACGUUUAUUUAAUUUCAGGAAUGCCUAGUACUUAUUUAAUUCCUAAUUUCCAUUUCUUUGUACCUAUUAUUCCCUAUCUGAACCAUCAUAUAGAUGCAGUAACCAACGCUUCAUACUACAUUUCCUCUCCACCCUCUUCUCAACCGUCUUCACCAUUUCCAAAUUUGGUUCAACGCAACCAACAAACCUCACGGCAACGCGGACCUUCUAAAAGACGUAGAAACAAUCGUAGGAGGAAUUGA